CCGCGAGAAGCCCUGGCAUUACCAGCAGCCGGGAAGGAGAGAGUGAAACAGAGACAGAGAGGGAGAGAAAUAAAAACAGAGAUAGGCCGAGAGAACAAAUAAAAAGCACAGGGAGAGAGAGAGAGGUCGGCAGAGACUGGGAGAGAGAAAAACCCAGGCAGAAGCAAAAAGACAGCUCGCAGAGAGACAGAGUCAGACGGAAACACGGCGAUGGCUGACGAUGAUGAGGACGUUUUGUCGGGUCCAAUCUGUUCGUACCUCACCUACAAGUCAGAGGGGGACCGCCUGUACGUGCUGGGGGAGUAUGAGAAGGCUAUCAACAGUUACACGCAUGCUCUUCAACAAGAACCAAAGAACAGGAACUGUCUGGUUGCCCGGUCCCGAUGCUACCUGGCAAUGGGAAACACCACUCUUGCUUUGAAGGAUGCAGAGGCCUCCCAGUUGGGCAGUAAAGAGUUCUAUAAGGGCCUUUAUCGAAAGGCUGAAAGCCUUUAUGCUAAGGGUGAAUUUGAGCUUGCAUUAAUGUUCUAUCAUCGAGGACAUAAACUCCGUCCAGACGACCGGAAUUUCCGCCUGGGAAUUCAGAAAGCUCGGGAGGCUAUUGACAAUUCUGUUGGAAGCCCUUCCUCAGUGAAGCUUGAAACUAGAGGUGACCUGUCCUUCUUUUACAGAAGAGAGGAGAAAGCACUACCGCAAACCAAAUCUCAACUGCGAAGGCAGAAAUUAAACCUGAAGCAGCAGAGUAUGAAAACAGAUCAGGAUGAGCCGAAAACCAACAAAACUGUCCGAGUUCUUCUGGGAGAGCUGUAUGGAGACAAGGAGUACUUGGAGAAUCUGCUCCUGGACAAGGAACUGAUGAAAACCAGUACAGAGAGUGGGGGCACCAUCCAGGAACUGAUCAUGAAUGGGAUCACAUUCCUGGACUCACGCACCGAGUUCUGGAGGCAGCAGAAACCAAUCUUUGCCCGAGACCGUGAACAGCGAAUAAAGGCACAAAGCUGGAAAACCCAGAGGAAGCAAGCUGAGACAGAGCAAACGACUUUCAUCCUCCAGCGCAUGGAGGAGAUUGACAUGUUGUUGGCUGAUGGCUAUCCUCAGGAAUGUAAAACUAAGGCCAUGGAGUUGGUGCAAAUUGUGAAGGAGUGGUCACAGAGAGAGGUUCCUAACAAGGCCGAAUUUCUGGGCAACCUGUACAACACCAUUGGACUCGCCCAGGUUGAGCUGGGAGAAUUUGAGGACGCUCUGACAAGUCAUCAGAAAGACCUGCAAAUUGCCAAGAAAUUUGACAACUUGGAAGCAAAAUCAAGAGCCCUGGACAACAUCGGCAGAGUGUAUGCAAGGAUUGGUGAAUUUUCAAAGGCUGUGGAGGCCUGGACGGAGAAGGAGCCUCUAACGAAAACCCACCUUGAACGUACUUGGCUGUUCCAUGAGAUUGGACGAUGUCACCUGGAACUCGGCAAUAAUGUGGAAGCUCGAGAUUAUGGUCUAAAGGCUUUGGCAUCGGCACAAAAGACGGGAGAUGAGGAGUGGAAAAUGAACGCCAAUGUGCUUGUGGCGCAGGCUGAACUUAAACAAAGCAAACUUCAGACGGCAGUGACAUUCUUCGAACAGGCAUUGAGCAAAGCCAAGCUGCUGAAUGAUGAGCCAGCACAGGAAGCAAUCUCAAACGCUCUGAAAGAUAACAAAAAGCAGAUUGAGCUGGCUGAGCAGGCGAAGCAGACGGAACUUGAGCAGCUACACGAGAAACAGAGAGCUCAUCGGCUGAAACUUGGUCCACUUGUUGUUGAUCGGACGAGGACUAAGAAACAGAAACGUGCUGCCUUUUCAACUGAGGAGCCAUCUUCUCUGGGAGCUGAAGAUGUCACUGAUUCCACCCUUGGUGCUCAGGGUGCUGAGAAGGCCGGUGGGGCGAUAGAAGCAGAGGAAUCCUGCUCCGAGGAGUUCAGUUCGUCAGAUUCUGUCUGUGGGCUUUAUUCAUCAGGAAGUGAUCGUGUUUCAGAUUUGUCUCCUCAGGAAACCAAAGUCUCUCCUGAUCAACUGAUCGUUUCUAAACCUUCAGAUGACUUCCAGCAUUCUCCUGAACUGAUGAUUCCAGCACAAGAUGGAGAAGGGACUGAGGAGGGCUCCCGAACGUCUACCGGUCAAGUAAUCCCUGGCACUCCCAGUAAUAGCCUUGUGGAUGGAAAUUGGAUGGAGCAGGCAGUGCAUCUUAGCAGAUCUGAAACAUUGGCUGCGAUUCAAAAACUUGAAGUGGUCCAGGAGAGCGACAAUGUUCAAGAGGAUGACAAACAGGUUGAGGAAGAAAUGCCUGAAAAAGCUGAGAGUGAAGGAGUUGUCGUGUCUGAGGAUGCCAAACAGGUUGAGGAAGAAAUGCCUGAAAAGGUUGAGAGUGAAGGAGUUGUCGUGUCUGAGGAUGACAAACAGGUUGAGGAAGAAAUGCCUGAAAAGGCUGAGAGUGAAGGAGUUGCCGUGUCUGAGGCUGACAAACAGGUUGAGGAAGAAAUGCCUGAAAAGGCCGAGAGUGAAGGAGUUGUCGUGUCUGAGGAUGACAAACAGGUUGAGGAAGAAAUGCCUGAAAAGGCUGAGAGUGAAGGAGUUGCCGUGUCUGAGGAUGACAAACAGGUUGAGGAAGAAAUGCCUGAAAAGGUUGAGAGUGAAGGAGUUGUCGUGUCUGAGGAUGACAAACAGGUUGAGGAAGAAAUGCCUGUAAAGGCUGAGAGUGAAGGAGGUGUCGUGUCUGAGGAUGCUAACCAGGCCGAGGGACAACUGCCUGAAAAGGUUGAGAGUGAGGGAAGCUUCGUAUCUGAGGUAAUAGAUGCCAGCCAGGUUGAGGAACAAGUACUUGAAGCUGAUGAGGGCGAAGGAGGUGCCAUGACUGAGGAUGCCAACGAGGCUAAGGAACAAUUGCCUGAAAAUGUCGUGAGUGAAGGAUUGUUGUCUGAGGUAGAUGACAAACAGGUUGAGGAAGAAGUGCCUGAAACAAUUGAGAGUGAAGGAGUCAUGUCUGAGGAUGCCAACCAGGCUGAGGAACAAUUGCCUGAAAAAUUUGACAGUGAAGAAGUCAUGUCUGAGGAGACAAAGACACAAAGUGGUGACACAGAAAACACCACCAGAAAAGCUGAAUUAGAGCGAGGAGAAACAGAGGACGGAGAAACAGGAAAGGAGACAGCAGAAGAGGUUGAAGCAGAGAAAGAAGUGUCGGCAGAAGAAAUGACAGAAAAAGAAGAGACAGGGGAUGAUGCUGAAAUUGAAAGAAGAGAAACAAUGGAAGAAGAGACAGAUAAAGGAGAGACAGGAGAGGAGGAUGCAGCACCAAAGAAUGAGUGAAAGAUGUCAGGAAUGCUCUAUUACAUCAACAAAGAUGAUCUGAAGAAUGCCUGGAAGUAUAUCUCAGUGUAACUAACUUUGUUUUUAAUAAUAAAUGGUAUUAUCUUUAAUUUUUACGUCCAGCCCUUGUAAACAUGAGGACAUUUUUAUAAAUAGAUUAUAAAUAACUUUUUGUUUGUUGUUUUUAAUGCCCCUCCUUGUAGACUUGAGUCAGGCCACAGUUCAACUGUUUUCUGCACUAGUUGAUUCACUCUCUUUGGAAACUCUCAAGGCUGGGAUCAUAGGAAUAGGAGGAAACUAUUCAGUCCCACAAACCUGUCAUGCUAAUCAAUGACUUCAUGGCUCUUAACACCAUCCACUUACCUGGGCUUUAAUACUUUAACCUAUUAAUACCCUGGGUUAAAAUCAAUGGAAUGAACAAUAGACAUAUUCUACCACAGAUGGCUGACCUUCUCUACCAGCUGUUACCUGGGGUACCAAGUGGAACAUCUAUAGGUGCAAACCUUGAAAAACUAAGAAAAAUAACAAGAGGUAAUUAUGUUGACAAGUGAGUAGUUACCCCUAAAAGGAUUCAAGGUGAGAAAGUUGGAACUUUAGAAGAGCAGAGAUCUGAAAAUGUAUUCAGCAAAAGAAAAAUAAACAGGUAGAAAAGGUCCCCAGCAAUCACAAAAUAUUGCAGAUGUUGGAAAUCCAAAAUGAAAACACUGGCCACAUUUAAUCUCUGGAUGAAAUAAAUACUGAAUGUUUUGUCUAUUAUAAUGCAUGGUUAAAUCCAGCAAUCCAUUCACUCCUAAAAGAUUCUAAUCAUCUAUUAGGGGUAAAGCUGUGGGUAAAAAAAUGCAGAAUUAUCAAUUUUCUUGAGUCAUGGAGUCACAACAAAUAAGAGGCAAUGAUUUUACCUUCUUAACAGACUUUCUCAGUCUUCAGUAUCCGUCACUGAAAAUUCAACUCCUUCCUCAAAUCUUGUGUGCAUCAACUGAAGAGGCAUAAAAAAAAUCAUAGUAAAAGCAAUUUGUUUUAAAUUUUGGCAUUUUUCUGUUUGUACGCAGUGUGUUAGUACACAUUUGAUAUGUAGUUUGUGGUUUAAUGGAAUGUGAGGUUUGACUCUACUAGUGUUGUACUGUGUGUGUGUGUCUGUGUUUGUACAUAUUAUGGUGUGACAGCACCAUAUGGUGUGAAAUAAAUGUGUAAACU